GAAGGUCAGCUGAUCAUUCACUUCAGUGAUUGUCGGGACUCCAGCAGCCUGUCACCGACAUAGAUCGACGCUGUCUCACCGAGUAAUCUACGCUCCCAAAGAUGGCUGACACAAACACACAGAGUCCCCCUCCCCAGCUGGGGCCUGUGCAAUUUUUAAUGAGUAGCAAGCUUGAAACUGCAAUGUGGCUCUCACGUCUCUUCACAGUCUACUGCUCCGUAAUGUUUAUUCUUCCAAUAUUGGGACCCUAUGCAGCAGCUAACUUCUAUCAGCGAGCCUUGUUAGCGAACGCCCUCACCAGUGCCCUUCGCCUGCACCAAAGGCUGCCUCGCUUUCAGCUGAGCAGAGCCUUCCUGGCCCAGGCUCUUCAGGAGGACAGCUGCCAUUACCUGCUGUACUCACUUAUCCUGGUCAACUCCCACCCCAUCACAAUGAGCAUCUUCCCAGUCUUUCUCUUCUCUGUGCUUCAUGCAACUACCUACACAAAGAAAGUACUUGAUUCUGUUGGCCCCAGCAGCCUGAUGUUCAUCAGAAAUCUUCUGGAUAAACUAACAGCCAAUCAGCAAAACAUCCUGAAGUUCAUCGCCUGCAACGAGAUCUUCUUGAUGCCAGCCACUGUUUUCAUGCUCUUCAGUGGCCAGGGGAGUUUGCUGCUGCCUUUCAUUUACUACAGAUUCCUCACUCUCCGCUACACAUCCAGAAGAAACCCAUACUGCCGCACCUUGUUCACAGAGCUGCGAAUUCUUCUGGAGCACUUCAUCAUGAAGCCCGCCUGCCCCGCCUUCUUCAGGAAGAUGUGCCUCAGCAGUAUCGCCUUCAUCAGCCGUCUCGCCCCGACGGGGGUCUGAUUACACGACAUAAAAAACUUUUUUCUUUUAUGUUUUUGUUUUUCCAGCAUUUAGGAUGUGACUUAAACUCUGAUGGGGACAGACAUUGCCAUCAACAGAAGGAACUGUUUUUUGAAUGUCAACUUGACAGUCUGUGCUCCGACUUCUCUGUAUGUUCGAGUACAGUUGAAGAGCAGCCAGUAAUGCACUGAAGUCUCUCGUUGAUAAUUUCUUUUCCCAUCUUCUUAAAUGUGACCUCAUUGAAGCAGUGGACACUCCUCACUCUGUUACGUUCACUGAGCGGAGCACAGCAGACAUCAGCUGUGCUCCGUAUGUAUCGGCUGUUAUUAAUUUUUUUUCUUUUAUGACUUUAUUUAUUCAUGAAAAUUACUUAUUCUAUCUUGAAACAUUAACACUCUUGAGAUUAGUUGCUUAAAUGAAAAUGUGAUUAUGCAUAAUUCUAUGUUCUUUUUUUAAAAAAUAAUGAGCUCUUGCUUGGAUAGAUGGAAGAUGGGGUUUGUUUGAUGUUUCUACAUUGUCCUAUUUCUUUUUUUAUGUGCAAAGCAUCUGAUGCUCUGGUUUGUCUAAAUGCCUAACUUUAAAUGUAUUCUAUCAAUGCCAUUAACUCACUCUUUUAACAACAUGCACAUUCUAUGGAGGUAUGAUGUCAAAAUGAGUGUUGAAUUGAGAAACAAGAUAUCUGCUGUAUUUUAUAGAAUAUUUAAAGGUACCAGACUUUUGCUGUAGGAUUUUUUUUUUUUUGAAAUGAGUCGCACAAUGCACGUCAUGUUUCUGAAUGCAUUCUAACCUUGUUUCUCACUUUGAAUGCUGUUUUGAUGAUCUUUUAUUCAUUUGUGCUAUGUAGCUUCCUUGCUUAAUGCAUGCUAUGAUCUUUUUUUUCAGCCAUGUUUAAUGUGUUCAUUUGCAUACAAACAAACCACAUUUUUAUGAAAAGACAGAAUGAUCUCUUAAUUAAACCAAUAAAUAAAGAAGAAUUAAAAAAAAUAAAGAAUCA